AUGGACGUGUUACACAAGUUCAAAGACCUGUAUGAUUCGGCUUUGUCUCUAGGAGACCCCCGGGUAGGGGCGUGGCCGUUAAUGGUUUCCCCGGUGCCUCUCCUGACUCUAGUAGGUCUCUACCUGAUGAUGGUAUACCACGGCCCCCGGGCUAUGGAAUGUUACAAGCCGAUGUCCCUCAGCUCCGUCCUCGUGGUGUAUAAUCUUGGCCUGGUCGGACUUUCCGCUUACAUGUUUUACGAGUUCACUGUUACCAGUAUCUUGUCGUCCUACAGUUUACAAUGUGAACCUGUCAACUACUCUGACGAUCCAUUGGCAGUGCGGAUGGCAAAUGUCUGCUGGUGGUACUUUUUCUCCAAAAUAAUAGAAUUUUUAGACACAACAUUUUUUAUUUUGAGAAAGAAAAAUGACCAGAUAACUUUUCUGCACGUGUAUCAUCAUAGUACCAUGCCAAUCAAUUGGUGGCUAGGGGUCAAGUUCGUGGCUGGAGGUCAAGCUUGGUUCCUCGCAAACAUAAACUGUUUCGUCCAUAUUGUGAUGUACGCAUACUACGGGUUAUCUGCCCUUGGUCCACAAAUGAAGAAAUAUCUAUGGUGGAAGCGUUAUCUUACAAUUCUCCAGCUUAGUCAGUUUUUCGCUGUCAUCCUCCAUACGGGAUACAAUAUGACGACCGACUGUGAUUUUCCCGUCGGAUUUAACUACGCUGUGUUUAUAUACGCAAUCACUCUAGUGUUGUUGUUUUCAAACUUCUUCAAAAAGACCUACACCAAGUCAAAGGAGAAUUAA